AUGCCAGACAGUCAACCUGCACUUGUCCUUCUAUUUGUCUCUCCUCUGCCGGAGACAAAUCCAGAUCCUCGAACAUUCACCGUGUUCAGACCAACAGACGACGGAUCUGGACCCAUCGAGUUAUACAAGUUCUACCAUCCGAAUUCGGGACUCACUUUCGGCUCCACAACGUUCCACCGCAAGAACAUGGCCACAGCAAAAUGGGAGACCGCGGGGGAGAUUGACUGGACAUCAGCAACGAACGCCACUGCCCACUUUGGGAUUGAGGAGGUACCCAUGAGAGAACUUCGAAAACCAAAGAAGGCGGAUAGCAAGUCCCGGCGUUUCAAAGCAUCUGGCUCGGAGUACAAGUGGAAGAAGGCGGACAACAACAAAGAUCUUUUCUGCGUUGACUCUCGAGGUAAAACGGUGGCGUCUUGGAACCAGACCGCUCUCACCCUACGGGUCGAAAAACGGGUCGAACCCAUCCUGGAUCGAAUCGUCGUGACCUGCCUACUCAAUACGUGGAUGAACCGGCAGGGCCAGUGGUAG